ACCAAACGGAUAAGGAACUUAGGCAGGCGUAGCCAACAAAAUUCUAAAGUUUCAUCGAUAAAAAGUCUUCUUAAAAAUGUUAUUCUAAUUACGCAAAUUCACUGUGAAGAGAAAACGGCAGUGCUGAGCUUUGCUUAAAUCCCAUGGAGCUUGAGUCGACGACGUCGGAACGCACGGUGGGCAAUGUUGCAGCUGCAUCUGCGGCUGCAGUCUCUGCCCCUGGGGCUGCAAGCAAGGGCGAGUCGGCUGGAACCCAGAAGCUAAACAAAGUGUUUAAAUCCGAUUUCGACGCCAAGUAUAACAUUGUCGAUAUCAACACGCCAUUGAAUGCUUAUAUGUCUGGCCAGUAUAAGCGCAGCUAUGCCUACUAUAACUUGCGGAAUGUUCUGCCGGUUGUGCUCACGAAUGUUAUAGACACGUUGACGAAGGACAAGAAUGAGUUAGUCGCACGAUAUGCACCGUCGAAUUUCGAACAGAGCGCACGCGAAGAGUUGAAGAUAAUCAUAGGGUUGAUUUCGCGCCUCAAAUACGAAUUGCAAACGGAUAAGCCUUUCCAGCAGUAUAAUGGCGAAGAGGCGGAUCGUGAAAUCUGGAACCAUUUUAUAACACAUCUUCCCGACGAUGAGCGCUCGUUCUAUAGGGCUUGCUGGCUGUACUCAGAGUGCUACACGUAUCGCAAGCUUUACUCUUUUGUAGAGAAUAGUAUUUUCAUCAAGGAGUUUGAUUACUUUGCCAAGGUUAAGGAACAUGCACUCACCAGCUGCAUAGAAGAUAUUCUCUCUCUGUCCAAUACCACGCGUCGCACUGAAAAGUCAAAGGAGGUGUUUGAAGAGCUAAUGAAAAUUAACUUGUGGAGCAAUCGAUGCGAUGUCUUGGCUUCCGCAGCCUACCAGAAUGAGCGGAUAUUCAACAGCACGGUUCUGGAUGAUGUCAGCGCCAUUGACAGUUUUAUACUCAUCAAUAAUGUGUCCGAGAUUUGGAAGUUGUUGGAUAGCAAACCGCAUAAAAAACAGCAGGUUGUCGACAUCGUACUAGACAAUGCCGGCUACGAACUGUUCACUGAUUUCAUAUUGGCCGAGUACAUGAUUGAAAAGGGCUUAGCAACCAAAGUGCGUUUCCAUGUGAAGGCGCAUCCGUGGUUUGUCCUGGAUACCACAGAGGCCGAUUUCAAAUGGACGUUGCAAUAUUUGAGUGAACACUCUGACUACAUCAUUAGUUUAAUUGGCAAAAAGUAUUUGCAGUUUUUGGACGAAGGCAAAUUCGAAUUGGCGCCCGUUUCAUGUUUUUGGACCUCUCCACAUCCUUUUUUUGCAAUGCGGGACAUUGCCCCAGAGCUAUAUCAAAAACUCCAGGAGUCGAGGCUCAUAAUUUUCAAAGGGGAUUUAAAUGGUCGCAAAAUUCUCAGCGAUGUUUGUUGGGACACAACACAGGAUAUUAAGACAUGCUUACGCGGCUUUUUGCCCACGAACUUCUGUCUCAUACGGACUAUCAAGGCAGAAGUAUUGUGCGGGCUUCCAAAGGGCCUUAAUGAAAGUCUGACCCAGAGGGAUCCGCAGUGGAUGCUUACAGGAAACUACGGAAUCAUACAUUUUGUCGAUGGCACACGCGAAUUUGGCUAUUAAAAAAAGAAACUCUAAAUCAAUAAUCAAGUAAAAUUUAUGAAAAUAUAUCAGUUACAUAUGUAUCUUUAA